UCAGCGGUUCCGCUUCACGAAAUGAUUAUAAAUAAUUAUAUAAAUAUGUAACCAUCACUUCACAAUAUCCUUACAGCUUCUUAGGUAUAAAAUAAUAUGCCUCAGGAUUUAUAAAAUAUUCCGAGCUGAUUUUACCCUCCCCUCUGAGUUCAGAUACAAACAACUCCUCUAAAAUCUUGUUACUCGAUAUCUGUUUCAUCAGCAUUGUUCAAGAAAUUUGAUCUUUGACCACAUUUUUACAAUUCAGAGACCAUCAGAGGGAACUGUGUGUAAAAUUGAUGACAUUGACAUUUUUAUUUAUAACUUAUACAUUGCUAAUAUAUUAGUGAAGUGAUACCGGGAUCAGACAAUGAAGAGGAAUAUUACAGAAAAUUCAACCCGAGCUACAGCAGGUUGCCUUCCUGUAUUACUGUUUAAUCAAAAGAAAAGAACCCGACUGCCAUUGACUUCAAAUCCUAUAGAACAUGAGCUAGGCUCAAAUAACCUGUUUCCUACACCAGAGAGUUUUGAUUCACCACCAGCAGGCCACAAAGGAUUAACUCAAAACAGAGCAUCAGGCAGUCAGAAAGCAGUUCAAAACAAUUAUAGGACCCAGUUUCAGUAUCCCAAUAUAAGGAGUAAUGUGGAUAAUUCAUGUUGUGGGAUGACUCCUCCAUCAAAUUCAGCGAAAUCUACGAAUACUGGCCAACUUCAGCAACAUUUACCUCAGCAUCAGCAAAUUCAAGAACAGAGAAAGUUUUCUCAUGAACCUGCCAUCACAAGACAAAACAGUAAGAACAGCUGGAAUCAGCUUCAGCAACAGGUACCUCCACGGCAACAAAGUCAGGUACAGAGGCAGUUUUCUGGUGGAUCUAACACUGCAGAACAAAGCAAAAGAACAGGUUGGAACACGGAUGCUAGACCACAGACUGGAAAUACUUGGAAAGAAAAUACUAGAUCUAUCAUGAAUGAAAGAAAGGAAUGUACUUCUAGUGGGAAUAAUCAUAUUCAAACAAAAAUAGCAAGUACUUUCAGAUUGUGUGUGCCAUCUGAAUCGUACAAAGUGCAGACAAAAUCUUCUGAGCAAUCACAUCAGUGGCCCAAGAAUUCCUCUCAAAGUUCAACAAACAGUAAACGUAGUGGCCAGCCAAAUCCAUUUUUUGAAAGCCAGUUUGAAAGUAAUCCAUGUGAUGUAAUUGACCAGAAGUCAAAACCAGUACCCAUGAGAGUUCUGCAGCCGGAUAAUUCAUUACGUAUUGUGACCACAACUAUAGAAGGCGUGAAACACUGGACUCAGUAUAACCACAAAUGUGCAUUGCUAUUUGAAGUCAUUGCUACCCUGGAUUCUGCUGUCAGAGCUGGAGAGCAAAGUGCCAAAAACUUUCUUCUGAGAGACAGGAAUGAUUCAGUUCCAUCUGUGUUCUAUGAAAUGGACCGUGACCUUCCAAGGCUGAUCAGAGGUCAAGCACACAGAUGCAUGGGAACCUAUGACCAAAGAAGAAAUCUUUUUAAAUGUGUAUCUGUUAGACCUGCCUCAGUUGUAGAACAAAAAACCUUUGCUGAAUUUGUCAGUGUAGCAAAUGCUGAAAUGACACAGUUUGUUAACGCACUAAAUGAACUCUGAAUACUUCUAAACCAGUAUCAAAAAUUUGUCAUUUAUUUGUGUCAUAUAAGAAAGAAAGGCUGAAAGAAAGGACACUGUAAAAUUGCAGUUUGAAAUAUGAUUUCAUAACUAUUUCAAGACUUUAAUUUUAAAGUUACAAUAAUAGAUGGGAUAAAUGUGUUUUGUGAAUCAACAAAUGUUGAUUGAACCAUUAAAUCUUUUAUUUUAAUGUUGAAUACAUAUAUUCAAUGCUGUGUUACUUUGAACAUAUUUAAAUGCAUGUUGAGGAAAAAAUGGUUCCAUUGCAGGGUUCCUUUAAAAAUAUAAGAUUCAGAAUGCUAACUUGUGUUACCUCUUGUAAAAAUACACAAACCUGUUCCAAAUACAUUCUUUUUCAUUUAUCAUCAGUUCUUUAAAGUUCUCCUAUGCAGUAUUACUGCAGUGCCAUACUCAAAAUGAAAGGGGGAAUUUUUCUCUGAUUGAAAAUUGGCACCCCAAUGAAAACGUUUAUGUCGGGCAAUAAAAUAAAGAGCAUCCAUCUAAACUUUUAAACUUUAUUACCACCUAUAUGAAAUAUACUGUUUCAAUUUUAUGCAAAGGAUUUUAAAAUUGGUUCCUUACUAAUCUUAUUGCAGACAUUGGCUGUCAGCGAGUGCCUUAUCUGAUGUGUUAUGAUGUUCACAAAGCAAUGAUUAAUGAUUGUGACAUCGUUAUUGCAGUGUUUUCGAAAAGUAAUCAGUAUUUGAUUUUAAGAAAAUUCUAUGUUGAAUUUAUAUUAUCCCAUUAAGAAAUCAAUAACAAAUUUUGUAUAUUGUGUCACAUCCAAUACUUUAAGUCAGUAAAUUAUUAUUCAUUAAAGGCUCUUUGCUGCUG